AUGAAGCAGCUACUGGGAUGGAUGCAACACAAAAUACGGCAAAAUGGCAUCGACCUGUUCAAGGAUUUCACCAUUGGGAACUACUGCACUUGCCUUUCUGCUCAGUCAAUCCUUGAUGACCAAGAACACUGUUCAAAGCCAAGCUUUGGCUCCAGAUGUGGAUCUCGAGCCUCAAAGCAGCCCAAGCAGGAUUCAGAUGGCUCUAUUUCUGAAUUUGAAGCUAAGGGGGUUGAAGCAAAUUUUGAUGAAGAAACAACUAGUGUCAUCUCUGAGCUCUUCGAUGGCUUUCUGGCUAUCGGGACUCUUGGCACUGAAAAAAUCACCAGCGGGCCUGCAACACCAACAUUUGCCAUGUCUAUGCAGAACAUCACUGAGGAAAAAGCAGAGGUAACAGAGUAUGACUUGAAGCUCAUUAAUGAUGAACUAGGGAAAUUCCUUGAGACUGAAGCUGAUGAAGGAAACAGCAAUGAAUCGUCAAGAAGAGACAGCUAUGUCAGCAUUGUUAUACUUGGUGAGAACCCAAUGGAAGGAGCCAAUGAUAAAGAUUAUGGAAAGAUGACUGUAUGUCCACUGCAAGGAUAUCUAUUUGGAACUUCAGUUGAACAGCCAGAAACCACUGAGGUAAAGAAGGAAAAGGCAUCACUGGCAGAGCUGUUUCAUAGGACAAAGAUAGCAGAUGAGAUUUCCACAGAUACUAAAAGUGGGAAAGUGGAGAUGCAGGCCAAGAAAACGCAUAAAUCUGUCAAACAUUUCAUGAAGAAGAUGAUGAAAACCCUACAUGCAAUUGCAGGAAACCCUAACCCUUCUAAUAGUGAUGCUAAUUCUGCUUCAACCAACAAGAAGCUCCAUAAGGUCAUGCGGAUGUUCCGCAGAAAAGUUCAUCCCGAAAACUCUAUAGUUGAAAAAGUGUUUACUAAGUCCCAUGCAGAAAAGAUCAACAGAAAUCCCCAGGAUGGAACAUUUGCAAAUGGGGCCGUGAUGCACUCAGACAAAAACGACAAAAGCUUUCCCCUGGUACCCAAGUCAAAGGAAGGGACCCAAUAUUACAUGAACAACAGAAAAUGUCCCCAAUAUGGCCUCAAAGGCACUACUUCAAGUGGAAAUAGAGAGCAUUGGAUCAAAACAGAUGCAGACUGUAAGUAUCAAUUAUAUGCAUUUUUCUUUUCUCUUUACAUAACACUCAGACAACUAGACAGGACACAACCCAUGACCUCACCCACACCAUUUAUGUCCAUAGACUAUUGGAAAACACAGCAACAUGACAUCGCAUCUCAAUCGCUAUAUAAUUAA